AUGGCGGCCUCUACGUCGACAUCGCACCCCGCGGCGGGUGGAUCCACUCGCACUGGCGGCAAUGCUUCCAACCAGCUGUACGCCCUCGCUUCGCGCGUACCGCUCAUCAAGUCGCCCUCGAUCUCGCUGCCCAAACCCGUCACACUUCCCGCCGAUCUGCAUCCACUCCCGCACGACAUCUCGGCGUACUUUGUGUAUCCGUUCAGCCUCGAGUCGUAUGUCCUCGAUCCCAACACUCCGUCGUCUACUACCAUCGAUCAGCUCCUCGAAAAGCACGCACAGUAUCUGAAGCACAGGGAAGAGGACAAGCAGAAACGACAGCGAGACAUGCUUCAUAAACUGGCCCCGGGGUGGCAGGGUGCAAGUGGCGUACUACAGCCAACGUCGACGGCGUGGAACCAGUCCAACCCUAGUGCGGGUCAGAACACGAAUGCGGUACAGCCCCAGCACCAGGAGCAACAGCAGCAACAGCAGCAGGAAAGAACUCCGCUCGAUGAUCUUGCUGAUCACCUCGCACAGCUAGACGCUCUCCAUUCACAGCCUCCCCCAACAAGCGAGCAACCGAGCUCCUAG